AUGGACACCUACUUCGAGGGCAGAAACCUCGCCUUCAAUCGAGAAGGCGGGGUUCAAGGUCGGCGCGCAAUGGAACGCGGUGUUCCGCAGGGUCGGGGGGCGCCGCCUGAGACCCAGGUCCUAGUCGAUGGCAUCCGCAUUCGCGUCGGGCCAACGAUCAAGUAUCUCGGCCUGACGUUGGACGGCCGCUGGGACUUCGGCCCGCACUUUAGGGACCGUGCCCCCAGGGACCUGGCCGCCAGGCUCAACGUCUGCCGAGAGGGCCAAAAGAGGCUGAGGCAGACGUUGAGGCCAAUGAUGGUCAAGAUGACGAGAUCGUACAGCACGGUCUCGUAUAUGGCGGCGACCACCCUGGCUGGCUUCCCUCCCGUGGAGCUCAUUGCGGAGGAACGCAGAAUCCUCUAUUGGAGGAUCAAGGAGCUCCACGAGGGGGAGGGGCUAAGAGCCGGGGACGUGCGGGCCUUGAAGUCUCAAGCUGUGGCCCGUACCCACACAAUGUGGGCGGACAAAUUGUCCGACCCACGGAGGUACGGGCCCGAAACAGCGGAGGCCGUCCGCCCCUGCCUGCCGGAGUUUGCAGGCAGGAGGGGAUGCGGAUUGUCCUUCCAUCAGGUGCAGAUACUCACUGGCCAUGGGUGUAUUGGCAAGUAUCUGCACCGGAUAGGGAAGGAGCCCACCACCAGAUGCCACUACUGCCAUGUGCUGAUGGACACGGCGCUUCAUAUCCUGGCCGAUUUGAUGGCGAAAGCCAGGCAACAGAUCGACCUAAAGGAGGUCGGCCUGGAGCCUAGCCAGUUUUUAGGUUAA